GAACUGUGCUGAGCUUUACUCGUGCGGCCAAUCCAUCAGUGGUGUUUAUACAAUCGACCCUGAUGGUUCAGGUGCCUUUGAUGUCUAUUGUGACCAGACAACAGCCGGUGGAGGAUGGACAGUGAUCCAGAAGAGAGUGGAUUUCACCAUGGAUUUCAAUCGCACCUGGAACGAGUAUAAAAAGGGAUUCGGUGAUUUCCUCAUUCGUGAAUUUUGGCUCGGACUGGACAAGAUCCAACGCCUGACGCAAAACAAGACAGAAAACAAACUCCGCGUGGAUCUGGGAGUAGCUGCCAACGAAUCUGUCUACGCAGAGUAUAAAUGGUUUGGUAUUGGGAACGAGAAAGCUCUUUACCAGCUGCACAUCGGAAAAUUUUCAUCUCAAAAUGUUCAUGAUUCCCUUUCCGCUCAUAAUGGAACGUCAUUUGGUACCCGGGACAAACUUUCAGCUGACUCUUGUCCAUCGCAGUUUGGGGGAGGCUGGUGGUACGGCGCGAAUAAAGCUUGUGAAUCAAAUCUCAACGGCAUCCGUCCUCAUCGUGAAGAUAGUCCUUCAAUACACUGGACAUGUUUAAAAGGUUGCACUGAUGCUAGAGACAACGCUCCCAGAACAACUGAAAUGAAAAUCAGACCAGUGCACUUUUAGUCGUGGGUGAAUGGAGAAGAAAGAUUUUUUUUAUGUGAAGACAAAAUUUUCUAGAUUCCCUUAUAAGGCUCUGUAAUCGCAUAGUGCGGUGAAGGGAAAGCCAAAUUUAAACUUUUGGUAUAGGUAUCUAGGACUGUUGUAUGAUGGAUUUGUCGGACAAUGGAAAGAUGUUAAUAAGGGUACCACGCAAGGAAGUGUGAGCGGCCCCCAUUUGUUUACCAUAUUCCUUAAUCAUCUAGAGAUAAGUUUGAGUGGUAAAGAUAUUCUGUUUAAGUAUGCUGAUGAUACUAGUAUUGUUUCGCCCGUGUGGAAAGAACAGGAUAACUCUAUGGAUAUAGUAAGAGCAUUUAUGGAAUGGUCAGAGAAGAACUGUAUGUCUAGUAAUAGUAAAAAAUGCAAGGAGCUAGUUAUCAGAAAGAAAAGCUGUACGA